ACUUACGCCUACUAGUACUACUAGCCUUUAGCCUUGGUUGGUUACCCAUCUAGGAGAAGGAAAACGCUGAAUUCAAACCUUCGCUACCUUACGCUGUACGGCUAUACCCAAACACGGGAAAGUCUUUGGAAAACAACCUCUGAGGAAACAUCAGUAGCUGGCAACAGGGUACUCAUAAUAUAGAGUUCUAGUAGAUCUACUCAAAUUUAUAUCAUGGUUGACUGGAUUACAAAUGAAGCUCCAAGAUGGAUUGUCAUAGGCAUCUGGCUAUUAAUCAACGGAAUCAUUUUUGGCACAACAUUUGUCAGAUACAGAGAUGGCGAAGAAUUUUAUUACCUACGCUCUUUGGUUGGGAGUUCUUUGUGUUGGGCUCGAGGAAGUGCAGCAUGCCUAAACUUCAAUAUGAUGCUGAUUCUGUUACCUGUUUGCCGCAAGCUAAUCAAUCUGAUCAGGGGCACUUGUAAGUGUUGUCCUCGGUCUCUACGAAGGCAGCUUGAUAAGAACAUAACUUUCCAUAAGUACAUUGCAUACAUGAUUUGCUUGCACACAGCCAUACAUAUAGGUGCCCACUAUUUCAACUUUGAGAGACUAGCUGAAGCUCAAACCAUAAAAGAUGAUGACAUCCGAAACUUUCUCAGCCGUUUGCCAUAUUCACAAAAUGGGUCAUGGAUAAAUCCAAUUCGUUCGUCAAAUCCAGACCCAACCAAAGAGCUGUUUAAAACAGUUGCUGGUGUAACAGGUGUCGUCAUUACUCUGUGCCUUAUCAUAAUGGUCUCAUCUUCAACUGAAAUCAUUCGACGGAGUUAUUUUGAACUGUUUUGGUUCACUCAUCAUGUGUACAUCAUCUUUUGUAUAGGAUUUGUUAUACAUGGAGCUGAGCGGCUCAUACAUCGGCAGGUCAACUUAGACAAGCAUCCAAUAGACAUCUGUGCUAGCAAGUACAAGUCUUGGGGUGGCACUGAGUGUCCUGUACCAGAAUUUGAAGGAUCACUCCCUAUGAGUUGGGUGUGGCUGCUGGUACCUGCUCUGAUAUUUCUUAUUGAUCAUCUUGCUGGCUUCAUCAGUGGACUGAGACUGGUAGUGAUAACAAAGGUUGUAACUCACCAGUCGAGAGUGUUUGAAAUUCAGAUGCAGAAGAAAAACUUUAAAGCAGCACCAGGGCAGUAUAUCCUCAUACAGUGUCCCAGCAUCUCACGCCUAGAGUGGCAUCCCUUUACACUUACCUCUGCUCCCAGUGAUGAUUAUUUCUCAGUUCAUAUUCGUCGAGUUGGUGACUGGACAGAGGCUUUGGCUGAAUUGUGCUGUGUCGACAAACAAGAAUUUAGAGAUGCUUCUAAAAUGCCCAGAAUCAAGGUUGAUGGCCCUUUUGGAACUGCUACAGAGGAUGUCAUGGCUUAUGAUGUUGCAGUGCUAAUUGGUUGUGGGAUUGGAAUCACGCCUUUUGCUUCUGUCCUUAAGUCUGUUUGGUCCCAGUGUUGUCAAGCAGGACAGAGUCUGUCAUUGAAAUGUAUUUACCUGUACUGGGUUUGCCCUGACACAACUGCCUUUGAAUGGUUUCAAGGCCUCCUGUUAGAUCUGGAGAGACAGAUGACAGCAAACAAUCGGCAGAGUAUGCUAAGGUUCCAUAUUUAUCUGACUAGAGGAUGGAAUUCCAACCAGGCUCGGAAUAUCAUGCUUCAUGAUGAUGUCAGUGUUUAUGAUGCUGUGACUGGCUUACAUCAAAAAACACAUUUUGGAAGGCCACAGUGGGAGAAUGUUUUUAAGGAACUCUCUCAGUUACACAAAGGAUUAAGCACAGGAGUAUUUUUCUGUGGACCAAAAUCUUUAUCUACAAUUUUACAUAAACUCUGCAACAGAUUUUCAAAUUCAACAGAAAAGACAAAAUUUUACUACAACAAGGAAAACUUUUAAUGUAUGGACUUAUUUAAGAUUAAAUUUUUUGUAACAUGUUUAGUUUCAAUGUUAGGCAUAUUCUAUGUGUUUAUUUCAAUGUAAUAGUAAUUCUGUUAGGUUUGAUAAAUUCUAGUGGUUCAUAUUUUUAUGGUUCAAAAGUCUUACCGUACUGUAUUGUAUAUACUGGUUUCUGGAGUCUUACUGUAUUGUAUAUACUGGUAUCUGAAGUCUUACUGUAUUGUAUAUACUGGUAUCUGAAGUCUUACUGUAUUGUAUAUACUGGUUUCUGAAAUCUUACUGUAUUGUAAUACUGGUAUCUGAAAUCUUACUGUAUUGUAUAUACUGGUUUCUGAAGUCUUACUGUAUUGUAUAU